GCAAUAUGGCGGCUCUACGGAUCCUUCGGUCGCGAGCUUUCCUCGUUGGCCCACAAAUGAUGACUCGCUCCUUUUUGAAGACGGACAAUGCAAGAACACCAUACGCAAUCACAGAGCUGCACACCACAGAACAGAACCACACAACAGGAGGUCAGUCAACGGGUAUGAUGGCAUCAACUCAUUGGAAUGUUGAGCAUGCAGUAACCCUGGCCCUAACAGCAGCUAUCCCUACUGCGUUCAUUACCCAACAUCCUCUUGUUGACUACGUCCUGGCUGGAUGCAUGACUCUUCAUGGACAUUGGGGAAUGGAAGCAAUCUUCGCUGACUACAUCCCUGGCAAGACUCUCCCCAAAGUAGCCCACAGCUGCCUCUUGGGCGUCUCCGCUCUCACAUUCGCUGGACUGUGCUACUUCAAUUACAAUGAUGUCGGAAUCACCAAGGCUAUCAUGAUGCUAUGGUCGUAAGAAAUCCACUACCCUCAAGAAAUAAAUCAACUGGACUCAUGACAGGUUAUACUCAAGCCAAAGUACAUGUAGCAAGCGUUACUUGUCCUUUACUUUUUAUGUUUUAAGCCCGGUUCAUGCAAUAAUCGGUACGCCCUCAGGCUCCAUUUUCAAUUGUAACGCAAUAAAAUUCUUGCAGUAAGUAAGAACCAGGCUUAAGUCCCUUUGUUCUUCAAGAAGUUCCCAUCAUUUAAUUAAAAAAGCUAAUAGAGCUACUUUAGCAGAGAGCAUUGCUUAACAAAAUGCUGCUCAGCAAAAAAUAAGCAGAAAGCCAGUCACAGAUUGUAUAUGUUUGUGACAUGAUAUUUUGGCUGAUAACCUUUUUCUGGUUAAGGCUUAGUUUUGUUACUUGAGCAGCUCUUUGAUGACACACUUUCAAAGGAAUUUAUUUUCUUAACUUGUGUUUUUUUGUACUUAAAUCAGGCUUAAGUCAAAUGAAUGUUGAAUGAGAACUCUGGGUGUGUUCGAUUAGCUUCCCUGGGUCGACACUGAUCUGCCCCCGGUACGUUCGAAUAGCUUUGAGGUCAUUCCAGGGGCUCACCCGAGUCAGCCCCAAUUGCCCUGCUUGUGGAAUGGUCACUUGGGGCUGGUCGAGGUGCACGGCGUCCCAAGAGAGGGUGAGUGAUCAUUCGGUUAGCUCUUGUAAGGGGCUCACCCGAAUGAGCACCGCGGGGUCAACACAGGGAA